AUGGUGAUCCUGCGGACCGAGCGCGUCUUCUGCCAGUCUGGAAAGGUAAGGGAAAUAAGGGAUACUGUAGUUAAGAGGUAGUUUUUUUCCUCAGUCUGUCGGGAAAAUAAUGAGCACCGCAGCGAAAAUCACAACGCUUUUGAGCAAAUGAAUUGUGUCGCGGCGAAAUGUGAUUGCUCAUUAUUUUCCCGACAGACUGAUUAGGGGCUGGGACAAAGCAAACUUUCUUCAAAUUUCUCUUUGCCCUGCUACGGGCUUCACCGUCCAGUGCGAUCGCAUACCACUAUUGCCGACCUUCUGAUCGAUCGUGCAAAAAAUUUGAAGACCUUCCGAAAGUUUUAGCAUUGUAUCAGUCUGUCGGGAAAAUAACGGCGGGUCGUCGCGCUUUGGAAUCGCACAUCCUCGCUUUGCGACUGCAAGCCGCUGAUCGGGAUUUGGUGCGCGAUAGCGGCGAGGCGAGACAUUUUGCCGCGACAAUUCGCCGUUAUUUUCCCGACAGACUGAUAAUGAAACGGUAAAAUUUUAUGUCAUGGCCAAAACAGUGUCCAAAAGCCUCUAUCAAAUACACCGUUUUCUGAGUUGGCUGAUAAAAUGGUGAGCUGGUGAGCUUGGGCAAAAAAUCGUCCAUCUUCUUCUUUAUCCUUCAAAAAAAGUUUUUUGGAUACCAUGGCUGAACGGCAAGAAAUCGGAACAAAAAAUCCCGGCUCAUUUCUCGGAACCUCCUGUAGAGUCUUCUUACAGAAAUUUGUGGGUUAUCCCAAUGCGGCUGGACAGUUGCGGGCUCUACUUUUCAGUAAUUGGAAAGUGGCCUGUGCACGUCAAACUGAGGAGACCGGUGACCGGAAUAGUCCCUUCGCUGUCGGUUUUUUACACUUUGUCUUGAUUUCACAGAGAAAGAGAGAAAAAAGACACGCAAAAACGUACUCUCUCGCCCCAAAAAUUCCCCAUUUCUUCCCCGACAAAACGUUUUCUCGCGUCUUUUUUUGGCAAAUUGCCGUUCCAUUCACCGGAAUGUUUUAGCUUAUCUCAGUUUGACGUGCUAUGUGAAGUAACAGGACCAUGUUUUGGGAAGCUGUGAAUUUUCGAAAAUCAAUGUAAAUGAAGUCUUUUUGAGCAUGGUCUAGCAAAGUAUACAGUAGCUUUGACCUGCCAAAAAAACAUGUUUUUUCUUCAAUAUACGCUCUGACAAUAAGCUUCCAAACUUACCGUAUUUACAGGACAAAUUCUCGGAAUGCUUUCUCUCAAUCUCCUUCGACACAACCGGCCCCAACUUCACACUCUUCAAGGACAAAGCGGCCAAAAAGCAGUUGCUGGAGACGAUCGAUCUCAAAAAGUCCGCGGAGCAAAUUCGCUUCGGUUCGACGGCAAGACCGUACGGGAAUUUGCCAAUCAUCAGAAAGGAUAAGAGAUUGGAUGCCGACAAUUUCAUCGUGUUUCAAGUGGAAAGAAUCGUUAGGAAGAGCCGUGAACCGCGUUUGGUUUGGCUAUGCGCGAGCUCGGCGAAGCAAAUGUUCGGAAUUUUGAAGGUAUUGCUACUGUCUCUGGACAAAAAGUCUUGAUAAUUUUGCACCGAGUAAAACUACAUAUUUUCAAGAAUACAUAUCAGUCUGUCGGGAAAAUAACGAGCACUCUGUCGUAUUGAAAAUCGCUGAGAAAAAUGAAUUGUAUUGCGACAAAGUCAAAUUGCUUUUUAUGAUAUUUCAGCCAUUGGAACAUCGAAUUAUGCUCAUUAUUUUCCCGACAGACAAAAUCUAAAUUUUCCAGAUCUUUGCCACCUGCCUGACCUAUCUCAGCAUCCCAGCGCCGGAGCGCAACGUCGACGUCGACGACCCCAACUCCUUGGCCAAAUACAAGCCGCAUUUGUUGAACCCGGCCAACAACUGGGAGAGGUUUUGGGAAAACCCGCCGCCCGCAAGACUCCUGACGGCACUUGAGCUGGCCAGAGCGAUGACUAAGUAAGCUAUCAAUGCGAUUUGCAAAUAUUUAUAAAAUCUGGCGCUUCAGGAGCUUGGACGCUGUUCAUCGAGUCGAGAAGGUCGUAGUUGACAACCGCGACGACAGGAAGAAGAUUCAGAAGACAACGAUCAGAGAGGCGCAAGCCCAGCCACCAAGGGCGUCUUCAUGGAAGAGAGGAUCGACAAGUAGUGGUGGAACAACUAGCAAGUAAGGAUUUUAAGAUUUUCUUUACAGGGGAAGUGCCUCAAGUGCGUCGUUGAGAUCUUCAUGAAAAUUGGCGCAAAUUUCGACUAAUUUCUUUUGAAGCAUACCCCUCCUCGCAACUGUCAAAUUUAUGGCCAAAAAACGUUUUUUUACCGACCUGUCUUCCCAGCACGGCAUUCUGAACUUUUGGGACACAACCGAUCUCCGAUACAACCGAUUUUUCAUUUUUUUUUCGGAAUGCGUUUGCUUUCUCUGUCUAUAUCUCGCUAGCCGUUUGCGCUAGAAGGCUAAAAUUUGGCAUGAAUGUAGAGUAAACAGUCGUCUUUCAGAAAAUAUAAAUAUUGUAAGGAAACCCGCAACAUAAACUUCGCAAUGACAACUGAAAAAAAUUUCAUUUUAAAUUAAUGAAUUAUCAUUAACUUCUUUUCGCAACCCAAAAAUGCAGUUGCGCGAUCGUAUUGACAAUUUUUCUGUCCAUGACGCUUGCAAAACUCGACAAAAAUUUUCAUGAACGCCGAGCUCUGUAAAACUGUCUAAAAUUUUCUCAAUUCAAUUUGCAGCGUAUUACGGCACACAGGUUAGUCUGCGGAGCAUCUAGCUGACUAGUGAGCAAGAACUAGAUACAGUGAGGGACCGGAUCCAGUGGCAAAAAACGUCCCACUUUGCAUCCCGGAAGGGACCAAAACGUCUCCAAACCAUUCAAGCUAAAAAACUCCGCUUUGAAAACCGCGCCCUUUCCUUCAAGGCGGGCUUUUCAAAGCGGAGUUUUUUUAGCUUAGAGAAGGGAAGGGUUUGGAGACGUUCUUUGCCACUAGAUCUUGUGAGAUCCAACCCUUCUUUUUUUUCACUCUGUCCGGAAAAUAAUGAGCAGAGUGUCGCUGUGCCGAUCGUGUCGCGGAAGUGAAAAGCAAUUUGAUUUUGUCCCGGCACAAUUCAUUUUUCCGGCAGCGAUGUUUCGUUGGACAGAGUGUUCAUUCUUUUCCCGACAGACUGAUAGAAACCCUGAUGAUUCUUAUUUCAGGACCUCAUCCAGCGCCUUCAUCCCAGUCCACCCGCUUCGGCGGAUGUCAGACUUGCCCAAGCGUCCAUUCAACGUCGUAAAACCGCACAAAUACGAGAAGAAUGAAGCCGCCAACUCCUCACCCCCGCUUCUGCGUCAAAAACCAACAUUGCAGAAGGUGCGGUGUCUAUAAAGCAUGAUAUAGACUUGUCUAUCGACGUGUGACUCAACGUCUAGCCCUCUAGUGUCAUUACUAGUAUUUUCAUAAAGUGCGUGGACUUUUUGUCGAAUGGGGGAAAACUGCCAUUUUGCACAGUGCAGCUCACUUUUUUGCAAGUUUUCGCACUGUGCAUAAACGAGAAAAAAUGUCUACGCACUUUCUGAAAAUACUAUUUUUAGUUUGUCGGGAAAAUAAUGAGCACUCUGUAGCUCUGAAAAUCGCUUAAAAUGAAUCUCGGCGGCAAAAAAUUAGAUUACUUUUCACUUCAGCUACACAAAUUGGCGCAGCAACAUUUUGCUCAUUAUUUUCCCGACAGGCUGAUAGUUGAUAUUCGAUUUUCCGCAGCUUGUAGCGCACCUAAAAUACCCUCAAUUUUUCAGCGCAUAUCCGAAGGUCGCGUGGAGGUCUCUCCGUUGAAAUCAGCGCCCGACGCCCACAUGACCACCGAACCGGAGGAAGUGAAUUACAUCUACUAUGUGCCACGAGCAUGUCAUUGCUUCGAUCAGGUCCAACCGACCGCCGUAACCGCUCCGAAACGCCCGCUUUCUUCGUAUUCGUCGGCUUAUGGGAGUGCUCCGCAGACGCCCACCCACUUGCAGCCGGAUCGCCCCAUCUUGGACAACCCCGAGCUGCUGCGUCGCAUGUCCGAGCUGAGUCUUCGGCCGGUCCCCAAACGCCCAAGGACUUUCAGCAGCUACGGUCCGUAUGGUCGUCGGAUCUACGAUGAGAGAGAGCCACGGCGCUACGAUGAACACGAGCAGAAUAUAACGCUGCCGAAUGAAGAGAGCGACGAUGUGGAGGUCAGUGUCAGUGAGAUGGAGCAGCGGGUUGUGAUCAUGAUCAGUCGCGGGAUUCAGACCGACCAUGAUCUGCCCGAGCCCCCGACCCCGUUGAUUGACGACUACGGCUACGCGCAGGUGAAGCGAUACGAACCGGAGAACGUGAGGGAUGGCAGGUUCAGUCGCAUGUCAAUGGCCAGUCUGCGAAGCGUUUAUUUGCGGUAGGUUUUGAAGCAAUAGCAUUUUGCAUCAUGGAAGUAUCAAAAAUUUAACAAAAAAAAAAUCCCUCUCAAGGUGAAAAACUGCGAUUUCAAAAGCGUUCCCGCUCUUUUACUAGUCCUUCCGUAAAGUCGCUGGAAUGAUUUCGGCGACGCGCACUGUGCAAGAAAACUCAGGGUGCGAGCGACAGCUCGAAAAAGCCUAUUGCACAGUGCAAAAAGCCAAAAAUUACACAGUGCAAAGUGAACUUUCGGUUUCGCGGGGUGCAUGUCGCCGAAAACAUUCCAGCGACUUUACGAACGGACUAGUAUCAGUCUGUCGGGAAAAUAACGGCGGAUUGUCGCGGCAAAAUAUCUCGCCUCGCCGCUAUCACGCACCAAAUCCCCAGCCGCGGCUUUCAGUCGCAGAGCGAUGACGAUGGGGGAUUCCAAGGCGCUACGAUCCUCCGUUAUUCUCUCAACAGACUGAAAGUGAUGAAAGGGCGUGCAGUUCAAAACGGAGUUUUUUCACUUGGAGAGGGAAGCAUUUUUGCCGCAUUUUUAAUGCCUCCCGGAUGCAAAAUGGCACGUUUAUUGCCAGUGGAACGGGUCCGAGAAGAUGCGGUUGAAAUUCAAGGGGGAAAAACUCUUCAAUUUUCUUGCAAAUGUGGGCCGCAGAAAUCUGUCUUAACCGGUAAAAAAAUUGCAUUGCUUCUCAAAAAGAGUCUAUCAACCUGUCGGAAAAAUAAUGCGAAUUAGUACCUUGGAGCCGCCCAUCACCGCUAAGCUACCAGUAGCCGCGGCUGGAGACUUCGUGCGCGGCCGCGACAAAGCGUGAAAUUUUGCCCCAAAAAAUCCACAUUAUCUUCCCGACAGACUGAUAUGAUAGUAAUAUUGAUUGUGCUGCUUUUCAAAAACAAUAUAUCCCUUUUUCAGUCAUCUUGAGACCGACGACAUCUCCACAGCCGACCCUCUCAUUCAAUAUGGCCAGCCGCUGAUCAGCAGCAAGGAGCCGGAGCUCCGAACCUACACUGUUGAGAUCACGCAAGCCAGCCAAUUUUAA